GAUAUUCGUGAAACUAAACAAAACCUACAGUUAGGUUAUAUUUAUAUUUACAAUAAAUUUAUGUGGUAUUAUUGCUUGUUAAAAAAAUGUAUUGAAAUGUAAGUCAUUUGGCGUUGAGGAAAUUAAAUUGCUUCAGAACUAUAAGUAAAUUAUAUUUAUUCACAAACUGCUACAAUAUGAUUAGUACUCGACGAUUUUAUACUUUGGAAGAGGAUAAUUUAAUUCUAGAAUGGAUAAUAAAAACAAAAUUAUUCUAUACUUUGCGUGGUAAAAACUUUUGGAUUGAUCUCUCCCGAUGUAACGUAUUUAAAGAUAGAAGUUGGCAAAGUUUGCAAAAUCGAUUUGAAAAGAAGGUAUAUCCGAAUAUUACAAAUCCUAAUUAUACAAUAUCAGAAUUGGAUAAAGCAAAGAUCAUAUUAGCAUGGCAACAAACUUCUGAUAGUUUUGAUAGCAAUGAAACUGACGAAAAUGAUACCACUGAUACAGAGGAAAAUGAUUAUGAAGAUACAGAUAAGGAUACACGCUGUAAAACAGUAUCUAAUACUGAAAAUGACUGUGUAACUAGUUCUAUGGCAUUUUAUGAUGUUUGAAUAAUUAGUUUUUUAUAUUAAUUAUUAUUUAAUAUUUAAUAAUUAUUAAACACUAGAAUCUAUUAUACAACUAAAUAAAUGUCUAUAAACACAAAAAAAUAUAGAAAUGUAAACAUGAAAUAUCAAAAAUUAAGGCAAAUACCUAAAGUAACAAAAUUAAAGAUUUAUUUAGG